AUGAAGUGGAAGCAACGUCCCGAUGGGACGCCUCAAAUUGGCGUUAUUGACGAUCCUUUCGUUGGGAUAUCCCUGCGAGAGAUUGAGAGCGACGCGAGGAGAUUUCACGGCGAAGCCCCCGGGCUCAAAUCACUACUUGACGUCGAGGUGCUAAUCAAAGGAGCGAAGCUUGCCAAAGACUCCAAUUUCAGAAAUGACAUCUCCAUAUCCGAGGUAGAAAGACGGUUGCUAGAAGAAGAGGAAAAAUCUAACUGGCGCGGGCUAAGGGAGGUGAUCCAACAGUUUGGGGAAGGUAUGCGCGUCACGAUCAUGGCAACGGCAUGCGCAGCAGCAGCCUUGGGCUGGCAGCAGUCGGCUAUCAAUACUUCAACACGGACUUGGCCAGCCCAGUUCGGGCUGGCUGGCGAUAGCUGGAAAGUUGCAACAAUCAAUGCGAUCCCAUCGCUGUCCGGAAGUUUUAUGGUGAUUCUCGGUAUCGCCGUAUGGCCUGCUUUAUUUUUUACUUUUCUUUGUGCCGCCAAUACUGACGAUCGUCCUGAACAGUUUGGAACCAAAGCCUCGGUUGCUCCCAUCUUCGCCGCAGAGGCUGCAAUGGAAAUGUCCCGUGGGCGGAUCCUGAUGCUAUGGCAGAUGUUUGAUGCCUUCGGUAUUAUGCUCGGAUUCGUGGUUGCGUUGAUAGCCCCUGUGAGCUGGGAGGUUCAGCUUGGACUUGCCCUGAUUCCAUCAUUAGCCCAGAUUCUUGUUGUAUUGCUAUGUCCUGAAUCCCCCCGGCUCCUGAUCCGUAACAAACGCUACGGAGAGGCGUAUAAAAGCCUGCGGCGACUUCGCAGGCUGGAACUUCAGGCCGCGCGCGACCUCUAUUUCAUCCACUUUCAGCUGCGACAGGAGGUCAGGCUGUACGAUCUGGAGCAGGAGAUCGGAAGUUCCUCCUUCCCGUACCAGGACUACGUGGAAAAAAUAGACAGUUUCAAGCGCAUGCUGUACCUUUUCACUAUACCCCGGAACAGAAGGGCAUGUCUCGUUGCCUUUCUCGUCAUGACUUCCCAGCAGCUAUGCGGUAUCAAUGUUCUCGCGUACUAUUCGUCUAUUGUUUUUGGGAAUGCAGCAUCCACGAACAAGAUAGACCUACUCAGUUUCGGUUUUGGAGCAUCGAAUUUUGUCUUCACCCUGUUGGCAUUCGUUCUCAUUGAUUCAAAGGGGCGCAGAUUUACCCUUUUGACAUCCUUCUUCUUUAUGACAUUCACCCUGCUUGGAGCAAGCUUCUGCUUCAACAUUGAACCUGAAGGAAGCCGUGUCGCAGCGGUCGUGGUUACCUUCAUUCUCCUAUAUACGGCAUCAUACUCGAUCGGCGCCGGCCCUGUUCCAUUCACGUUAAGCGCGGAAAUCUUCCCUCUAGCAUUCCGAGAGGUCGGGAUGAGUUUCAGUGUCAUGGUGAACUUCCUCGGCCUUGGUUUGCUUGUCCUGUUCGUCCCCCGCAUCACCCGCAGUUGGUCGCCUACCGAAAACGAGCGAGUCGGUCAGCGUAAUGUCCUGCUUCUAUUUACGUAUGUUGGCCCUCCUACCACUGAAUAG